CUUUAAAAAAAUUAAUUUAUAUCUUAUUUCAUUUCCGUUUAUACAUUAAAAUAUACCUUUCUCUACGACCAUUAUGGAGGACGAGAAAAAGAGUACUAUAUUAGAAUCAACAACAAUAAGUUAUGAAGACAAUAUAACCAGCGAUGCUCAUUCUUAUACAGCUGAAAGUCAAAUAGCCGGCCCCGAACCGACAGAAGAAGAGUGGAAAGAAUUGCCUGAAGUUUCUGAUACAAUUCCAAAAGCAGCAUUUUUAGUUAUUUUAAUUGAAUUUUGUGAACGAUUCACUUAUAAUGGUUUGAGUGGUCCUUUCCAAAAUUAUAUUCAAAAUCCUGCUCCUCCUUCAUAUCCCGCAGAAUUACCAGGUGCUCUAAAUAGAGGUCAACAAGCAGCUACUGCUUUAACUACCUUUUUCCAAUUCUGGUGUUAUAUCACCCCAGUGUUAGGCGCUAUUAUCGCUGAUCAAUUCUGGGGUAAAUACAUUACUAUCCUUGUAUUUGCUGUCAUUUACUGUAUUGGUCUUAUUAUCCUUACUCUCACCUCUAUUCCCAAAGCUAUUGCCAAUGGCAGUGCUUUCCCUGGUCUUGUAGUUGCCAUUAUUAUUAUUGGUCUUGGUACGGGUGGUAUUAAAUCUAAUGUAUCACCUCUUGUUGCUGAGCAAUAUCGUAGUAAGUCCGCCUAUGUGAAGACACUUAAAAAUGGUAAACGCGUUAUCGUUACUCCUCAAGCUACAUACCAAAAGAUUUUCAAUUACUUUUAUUGGAGUAUUAAUGUCGGUUCCCUCUCUGCUAUUGCAACUACGGAAUUAGAAAAGAAUGUUGGUUUCUGGCCUGCUUAUUUGUUACCUACUCUUAUGUUUGUUCCUUGUAUUAUUAUUGUUAUUCUUGGUCGUAAACAAUAUGUUCAAUCUCCUCCUCGUGGAUCUGUCUUUAUUGAAGUCGGUAGACUCUUUUGGCUUUCUUUCAAGGUGAAAGGUGGCCUUGAAGCUUGUAAACCUUCUAAUAUGGCUAUUGAUCAUCCUGAGUUAAUGUCUAAAGUCACUUGGGAUGAUAUUUUUGUUGAUGAAUUAAGGCGUGCCUUGAAGGCAUGUGUUGUCUUCUGUUGGUUCCCUAUUUAUUGGUUAUGUUACAAUCAAAUGACUAAUAACUUAGUUUCUAUGGCUGCCACUAUGAUAACUGGUAAUGUCCCUAACGAUAUUAUGCAGAACAUCGAUCCUAUUGCCUUGAUUAUCUUGAUUCCUAUUAUGGAUAACUUUUUAUAUCCUUUACUUAGAAGAUUGAAUAUUCCUUUGCGUCCCAUUGCUCGUAUUACCUUAGGCUUCUUCUUUGCUGCUGCUUCCAUGGGAUAUACUGCUGGUAUUCAAGCCAAAAUUUAUAGAUCCCCCCCUUAUUAUGACCAUCCUGAAGGCAGAGAAAACUGGAUCUCUGCUGCUUAUUUAAUUCCCUCCUAUAUUUUGAUUGCUAUUUCUGAAAUUUUUGCUUCUAUUACGGGUAUGGAAUAUGCUUAUAAAAAGGCUCCUCAAUCUAUGAAAUCUAUUGUUAUGGCUCUUUACUUGCUUACUAGUUGCUUCGCUUCCAUUCUUGGUUUUGCCUUGGUUUCAGUUGCCGUAGAUCCUAAACUAACUUGGAUGUAUCUUGGUAUUUGUAUUGCAAUGCUUGUUUGUACUAUUCUCUUCUGGAUUUGUCAUCAUAAGGCUGAUGCACGCGAUGCUGAAGAAGAUGCCAUUCAGCGUGAUAUUAAACCAUCUCCCAAACGUAAGAGUGAUGAAGAGGAAGUUGUAGUUGAAUAUAAUGCUGAAAAGACAGCUUAAAUUUUAUAUCAAAGCAAAUUCAAUUUCAUUACAUUAUUCCUUUUUUUUUGUAAAUAGUAAUUUUACAUUCUUUUUUUUAUUAUUUAGACAUUUAUAUUAUUAACUUCCCUUUUGUACUAUUCAUUUUUUAACAUAUAAAUGUAUAUAUCCUAUAUAUUGUUAUUAUUUCUCC